AUGGUUGAUGAUCCAUUUUUGUCCAAUGAUUCUGACUUCACUGUGCCAGUUGCAUCAAAUACAAAUAAGCUGUUGGAGGCUGAGUAUUUGGAGAAUUUGAAAAAGUAUGGAGUGAUAAACUUGGAGUUGAGGGAGGCAGAUGAGGAGAUAAAUGAUCUUUCUAAUGCUGUCAAGGCUCUCAGAAAUGAACUUGAUUGCAAUCAGAUCUUUGCAAACAUUAGAAAGAACGAACUGGAAACCGAGAACAGUUUGUUGAAAAUGUCGAGAAGAGAGAGGAGUAAGAUAUCAGAAAUGAUGUUGGGACUCGAUAGGCAGAUGAAUGUCGUUCUUGAAAAACAGGCAUACAUCAAGACUUUCAUAGAUCAGACACAGAUGAAGAUUGAUGAUAAAAAGCAAGAGAUGAGCCAGAAUGAGAAAGACCUCUCUGAUUGGCAGGCUGAAGUUCAAACGAAGGAAGAGGAAGAGUUUAUCUAUUCAAAUUAUGCCAACCUCGACCAAUCAAAAAUCAAGGACCUACUCAUACAAGUUUCUCAGUUGAAUGAUGUGUGUAUGGAGAGGAAGAAAAAGCUUGAUAAAGAGAAUACGGAAAUAUGUGCGCUCAAAUUUUCCCUAAGCAAGACGAUCGAGGAGGCGAACAGGCACCAUAUAGAGAGGAUGGAGCACAUCGAGAGGCUCCAGAAGCUGGUCGAGUUGAUUGCAUCCAAGGAGGUCAACAUUGAUCUGCUCUUCAAGACGAUAAGAAAUUUGAAGCAGGAGACGAAGGAGAAAGUGGAGUUCCGUAAGGAGAAGGAGACCUUGCUGUCCUCUUCUAUGGCUGACAAUCAGGAACUCACUAAGAGAGUCUUCAACAUCGGCAACUAUAAGAUCAGGUUGAAGGCCGACCUCAGAGAGAUGAACCUGAAGUUGACUGCCCUUAAAAAUGAAUACAGAGGUUUGAGGAUAACUCUGGAUAGGACUGUAGUUGACCUUGAAAUGUCAAGGUCGACUGUCAAUCGGUUGAAGAGGAACAUUUUGGAGAUCGUUGAAAGAUUGAAGCAUGCAGCCUGUGAGGUGUACAACCUGGUGACGGAGAGAGGGAACGUGGAGAGGGAGAUGGAGGCAAAGCUGGAAAGGGGGAAGAAGAUCCUGAAGAUGAUCAGAGAUGACGAAGGCAUGAGGUUGAGGGCUGAGGCUGAAUUGAAAGAACUCACUAAGGUGCAUUCUAUUUGA